AUGCGCCCGGCCCUGGCCCACGGACUCUGCUCGCUGCUGCUCAGCCUCUGGGUACCCAGCUCCUGCUCCAAUGAGAUCCUAGGCCUGAAGCUGCCAUCGGAGCCAGUGCUGAAUGCCAACACGGUGUGCCUGACCCUGCCGGGGCUAACGCGGCGGCAGCUGGAGGUGUGUGUGCGCCACCCUGACGUCACCGCCUCGGCCAUCCAGGGUAUCCAGAUUGCCAUCCAUGAGUGCCAGCACCAGUUCCGGGACCAGCGCUGGAACUGCUCCAGCCUUGAGACCAAGAACAAGAUUCCGUAUGAGAGCAUAAUUUUCAGCAGAGGCUUUCGAGAGAGCGCUUUUGCCUACGCCAUUGCUGCCGCUGGUGUGGUGCACGCUGUAUCCAAUGCCUGUGCCCUCGGGAAGCUGCAGGCCUGUGGCUGUGACCAGAAGCGCCGAGGUGAUGAGGAGGCUUUUCGGCGCAAGCUGCAUCGUCUCCAGUUGGAAGCCAUGAACCGUGGCAAAGGCAUGGUGCAUGGGGUGCACAUGGAACACAUGCCGGCAGAGACCCCCGGCCUCCAGGACUCCUGGGAAUGGGGAGGGUGCAGCCCUGACAUAGACUAUGGGGAGAAGUUUUCCAAGGAUUUCCUCGAUUCCCGGGAAACCUACAGGGACAUCCACUCUCGCAUGCGGCUGCACAACAACCGUGUGGGCCGGCAGGUGGUGAUGGACAACAUGAGGAGGAAGUGCAAAUGCCACGGUACCUCAGGGAGCUGCCAGCUGAAGACGUGCUGGCAGGUGACGCCCGAGUUUCGCCUGGUGGGGUCCCUGCUCAAGGACCGCUUCUAUGGGGCCACCCUCAUCCGACCUCACAACCGGAAUGCCGGGCAGCUGGAGCCAGGCCAUGCUCGGCAUCGCCGCCGGGCUGGCAUCAGCGAGCUGGUUUACUUUGAGAAGUCACCCGACUUCUGCGAGCGGGAACCAGCCCUGGACUCCUUGGGCACCCAAGGGCGCCUGUGCAACAAGACCAGCCCGGGCAUGGACAACUGUGAGAGCCUGUGCUGCGGCCGCGGGCACAACAUCCUGCGGCAGACACGCAGUGAGCGCUGCAACUGCAAGUUCCACUGGUGCUGCUUCGUGGCCUGCGAGGAAUGUCGUAUCACCGAGUGGGUCAGUGUCUGCAAGUAGCCAGGCAGGAAUGGGUGCCCACCCCAGGGUGCCAGGGACAA